AUGUCAUUCACGGCAUCGGCGGCUACAGCCUUAUUUACCAUCCUUGACAGUGACCCUGAGGAUGGGGACCGAGGCCGGCAUUGGGAAGACCAGACGCAGUAUCGGGAUUUGUAUACCCAAUUUGUGAUCAGUUUCGCGCUGGGACUGGGCGCAUUCGUGCUGCGACCAAAGUGGACGGAACUAUAUGCCGCUCGGAGGCGACAACGUUGCGCAGCGUCGGGGCUACCAGAGCUACCCGACAGCUUUUUUGGAUGGAUUCCUGUACUAUAUCGGAUUACAGAAGAGGAGGUCUUGCACUCCGCAGGCCUUGAUGCAUACGUGUUUUUGUCGUUCUUCAAAUUUGCGAUUCGCUUACUUUUAUCCAUAUUUGCCUUCGCUGUCACUAUCAUACUCCCACUUCAUCACACAUACACCGGAAAAUGGGGAGUUCCUGGAUGGGACGAUAUUUCACCACCAACCAACGACUCUAUGAGCGCGAUUGGUCUGCUGGGCAAGGACAAAGACAAAGACAAGCUUGUGACCGAUCCUGGGUACAUCUGGAUCUAUGUUCUAUUCCCCUACAUUUUCAGCGGCUUGGCCAUCUACAUGCUCCUCCAGGAAACAAACAAGAUCAUUCGCACUCGCCAAACCUACCUCGGAAACCAGACCACAACCACCGACCGCACAGUUCGCCUAUCGGGAAUUCCCCAGGACUUGACCAGCGAAGAGAUGAUCAAGGACUUCCUGGAGGGACUGCGUGUGGGCAAAGUAGAGUCCGUCACUCUCUGUCGAAAGUGGGCUGAACUCGACCGGCUCAUUGACGAGCGGAUGAAUAUUCUUCGGGGGUUGGAACGCGCUUGGACCAAACAUCUUGGAUACAAGCGUCCACGAAGGGAUGGAAAUACACUGCCUCUGACCCGUCAACCUCAAUACACCAGGGCUCAGUUAACCUUGGAGGAGGACGACGAGAGAUCCCAGUUGCUAGAUGGAGUUGACCAGGAUCAUUUUUCUGGAUAUCUUCACGAGCGACCAAAGAUCCGCAUUUGGUACGGCCCCUUCAAACUGCGUUUCCGCAUGAUUGAUGCAAUCGACUACUAUGAGGAGAAGCUGCGGAAAAUCGACGAGCAAAUUACCUCCGCCCGCGAGAAAGAGUAUCCCCCAACGGAGAUUGCCUUUGUGACUAUGGAGUCCAUUGCCGCCUCUCAAAUGCUUGUUCAAGCUACCCUCGACCCGCAUCCUAUGCAAAUGUUUGCCCGGCUUGCUCCCGCACCAGCGGAUGUCGUCUGGAAAAACACGUAUCUCUCUCGUUCUCGGCGCAUGACCCAGUCCUGGCUUAUCACGCUGAUCAUCGGGUUCCUCACUAUCUUUUGGUCGGUCCUGUUGCUCCCAAUCGCAACUCUGCUGAAACUGGGUACACUACACAAGAUUAUACCCUCUCUAGCGGAGACAUUGGCCGAGCAUCCCAUCUUGAAAUCCUUGGUUUCGACUGGUCUGCCAACUUUGGCCUUCUCCCUCUUGACAGUCGCAGUUCCAUAUGUCUAUGAAUGGCUCUCAAAUAACCAAGGCAUGAUGUCUCGUGGCGAUAUCGAACUUUCCGUUAUUUCGAAGAACUUUUUCUUUUCCUUCUUCAACCUGUUCCUGCUUUUCACUGUUUUUGGUACUGCCACAGGAUUCUACGAUUUCUGGGAGCACCUGCGUGAUGCAUUCAAAGAUGCCACUACGAUUGCCUUUGCCCUUGCCACCUCCUUGGAGGGCUUUUCACCGUUCUAUAUUAAUCUGCUCAUUCUUCAAGGGUUGGGAUUGUUCCCCUUCCGACUGCUGGAGUUUGGCAGCGUUGCAUUAUACCCCUUGCGAUUCUUUGGAGCCCGAACUCCCCGCGAAUAUGCCGAAUUGGCAACGCCUCCAAAGUUCAGUUAUGGCUUCUCGAUUCCGCAGACCAUUUUGGCUUUGAUUAUUUGUAUCGUCUACAGCGUUUUCCCCAGCUCGUGGUUGAUUUGCUUAUUCGGUCUGGUCUACUUUUCGAUUGGCCAGUUUAUCUACAAGUAUCAGCUCUUGUAUGCGAUGGACCACCAGCAACACUCGACCGGUCGGGCGUGGCCGAUGAUUUGCAACCGGCUAUUCGUCGGUCUAGUUGUGUACCACCUGGCCAUGAUCGGAGUACUCGCCUUGCGUGGUGCUAUCACUCGUUCUUUGCUGCUCGUUCCUCUCCUUGGCUUCACCGUGUGGUUCUCCUAUUGGUUCGCACGAACCUAUGACCCGUUGAUGAAGUUCAUCGCUCUCAAGAGCAUCAAUCGUGACCAGGUUGGUGGUGAUGUCUCACCAUCCCCUUCAUCCAGCUUCUCGCCCUCAUCGGGUAUGGAUCGUGACGCGCUUCCCAUCCGCAUUGGCAGCCAAGAACUUGGCCUGCGGCUGAAGAAGUACGUCAACCCGAGCCUGAUUCUACCUCUUCAUGAUGCCUGGCUUCCAGGCCGCAGUCCCGAUCAGCUCAACGGUGCGUCUCCGGCUGGACACCCGGACCUUGCGGAUAUUGUCUCCGCUUGA